CUGAACAAGAUGUUUGUCACGCAACACGUAGUAACAGCUUUCAACACUUGUGUUAUUGUUACUUUGAAUUUGUACUUUUGGAUAGUGCUGAUCAUCGGUGGGACAAAAGCUCAGAAAAAUCAACUAUUUUGGUACUGGCCUUAUAUUACUCCUGUCAUAUAUAAUUUUCUUAAAUUUGUUACGACGAUUUGGGCCUGUGAAACGGCGACUAAGAAAGCUGAACAAAUCCGCACUACUCUUCACGAUGCCCUUAGCGAGGCGACCGAUUUGUCGGUGAAACGCGAGCUGGAGCUUUUCUCGCUGCAAUUACUACACGGUGACACUACGUUUUCAGCGAAAGUAAUCGAUUUGAACGCAUUGCUUCUUGCGGAGGUCAUGGGAGGCAUCAUCGGGUACCUUUUGAUACUGCUCCAAUUCUUAUUGGACUCGAUGGUAUGCGAGGCCAUGCAAGAGUGAACGAAGAAAUAUGUACAAAGUUGCUGCUGGCGCAUGUGUUUCUUAUCGAUUCUUUCGGCAGUCUUGCGAAAAGCACCGUCUGAUGAGGCCAUGCACAAACACCUGUAA